UUGGCUUCAGUCAUAUGAUAGUUUAUCUGAUAUCGAUCACCUUUCUGCUGCUCAUCAGGUUUAGAAUUAGAGCAAACUAUGGGUAUGGCAUCUGUUAAUACUGCCAGUGAAGGUAUGCAACUUUGCAUAUUUGAUUUGAGAAGAGGACAACAGGAAGGGCAGGAGCUCGACAAGAUUUUAUUUUUCUUUCCUGCGGAUUUGCCUUUUGCAACCCAGCUUUCUGUGAUAGGACUCAGCGAAGGGCUCAUAACUUUUACAAGGUUAGUAGCUAUAGGGUUCAAAUUAUGAAAUGCAUACUAAUGACGUGGCAAAGAGCGGAAGGGAGAAUCAUUUGGUUAUGUUGGAAGCUUGAUGAUUGCCAGCAAUUUCCUUUUUACCUGUUGUGGUUAGCAAUCUAUAAAUAAAAUAUUUUAAAUAGGUUCCCUUUGCUUUAAAGAAUGCUAAAAGCUUUACAAUUAAAUUCCAAACGAUAGUGUUGUUGGGCACCUAUGGUCUUCAAUUUCGUAUUCAUGAGUAAAUGGAACAUAAUUGAAGUUCUGGAUAAGACUAAGUACUCCUUGUACACGCGAAGUUUUAGUCCGUUCUUCCCAGUCGCGCCUACUUUACCAUUUAAAGAAUGACUAAACCAUAUUGUUACUCAUAACAUGCCAUAAAUAUCUAAUUACUUAUUCACAAUCAGCUGAUUGAUUUGAUUAUUUGUCAAGUUCCUUUGUGGGGGUUUUGUUUUUUGAAAGUGAUGAUCUUUAUGCAGGAUAUUCUCUCCAGAUGCGGCUUGUGAGGUGAUAGAAGCAGAGAGGCACUCCCAUGUCUUUUUUGAAGCUGAAUCGGACAUCUGGAUGGUGAUGGUAUGUUAUAUCUCUUAUAGUGACCCCAUGGCUUUUCCUAAAGCGGAGAGCUGAUACUGCCUAGAUCGCUUUCUUUCUAUGUCUUUGCCAAAGAUCCAUGUCCUGUUUCCAUAGUUUCUAAAUUUGACACAUGUUCUUGUCUUUGAUUUUGGAGUGCAAUGAUUCUUCUGCAAUCCCAUUUCAUGAGGCUUUCUACUUUCUGUAUUAAUGUUUCAAUGUCCUAGAAAUCCAUUAGAAACAUGAACGAAACAUGGCCUAUCUGCUUUGGGAUCUUAACUGGAUUGAGUUGGUUUCCACGUUCAACACCUGAGUCUUCUUUUCAUUAUGUUUAAUCAGUUUAGUGUUCUUUCCUGCGUGUUUAUUGAAGUGGAUUUGUGUUCUGACUCUUGAUCAUAAAGAGCAUGGAAUAUGUCUUAAUAUCGUGUUUCUCCUCCAAGUUGAGCAUCAGUAACUGUCUUCUAUUCUUUAAUCUAUAUGAAGCUUUCUCUUCAUGUAGAAGGCUUUUGUACUGGUUGUCCUAGUUCAACGUGCAAAAUGUUUAUCCUACUCUAGUUUCUCGAAUGUACCUUCAACAUUAUUAUUGUGUACUUGUCUAUCAUAUUAGGUGAACAUGGUGUGAUUAAUCUCUUUGUUAAAUUAUGUGUGAUUGAUUGUUCAUCCUGGGUAGUAUUUGAUCUUGGUGUAGGUAGUGGAGAAAAGUAAGGAAUCAAAAGCAGCAUGUCAGGUUGAUGCAUUACGAAAGGUUCUCAAAGAAGUUCACUCUCUUUUUGUAUUGUUCCAUGGAACAAUGAGAUCGAUGCUUGAGAAGGAAACUAGUGGAGGCUUAAUCCGAUCUCAUUUAUAUCCUUUCAUCACGGAUUAUCUUAGUGGUAAGCCUUUAUACUAUUUCAUUGCAUGCAGAAUUCUGUAGGCCCUACGAUUUUGUUCUAGUAUGCUAUUCAUCUCAUGUCACUAAUUGCAGCAUACCAAAAAAAGCAGUCUCUAUUGUGUAACUGCUGCUGGGGUAAUUCUCAAGUUGCUGUAUCAAAAUUUGCUUCAACAGUUUUGAUCUGCCAAACAAUUGCUGAAGUUGCGGACUUGAAUCUUACCUGUAACUUUUGGGCAGAUUUUCUAAUUGGGAAGAAGCUCCAACUACCAUCAUUUCAUGACUGUUUAAUGGAGCGUGGAACUGUUCAAAUGCUUACUGUUGGAAGGGAAGCUGCAAUUGAAGUCCAGGUUCAAUUUCUGAAAAUCUCUUGAGGUGCUCUUAUAUAACUCAAAUACCAAAACCAGAUCAGAUGGAACCAAUUAAUUUGCUAACUAAACUUAUAUGAACGGUUGGGGUCUGCUGAACUUGUCUCAUUUCCUUUCCUUAUGACCUCUUUACCCCUUUCCGCAUGCGUCUUUUUCAGAUGGAUGCUUGCUUAUAUACAAUAGCAGAUUUUUUCCUUGUAAAAACCAAUUCACUGGAAACUGACAUCUUUAAAAAUAAAAAACACCAACUUCAACAAUAUAUACAGAACUCUUACUCCCCAGUCCAUGAUUCUUGGCCUCUCUAUGUUGACCACCAACCCUCAUCCACGAAUAAAGCAAGACUACUUAACAGACUCCUCGUACUUGGACAAGCUCGUGAUUGCUCACGUGAUCUCUCUUUGCAUUCUGUUUGUCUCAUCUUCGCAACUUCAGGAAGUUUGGUUUUAUCUGUUUGAAAUUUUUAUCCAUACUGUGGCUGCUGCAUGGACUCAUAAUUGGGUGAGUCAAUGAUGAUCACUUUGUUAUAAUUGCAGUCCCUUGUCAAGGUACUAGAAUGUUCUGCUGGGACUACAUCUUGCUACUCUCUGGUUUUGUUCCAGGACCUCCUUGUCUCAACCACACUUUCUCCCGUACGGUUCAACUUCUACAGCUUAUUUAAUCUGGAUGUUCUGUAGUGUUCUUUGUUGAAUUAUAUGUAUUUAAUUUACUAUCACCAGCAGAAUAGUAAUUGACAUGAGAUAUAAAAGAUAUAAAGAGACUAUGAAAUUGCAUGGUGCAUCUGUCAAAAUGACUGCUAAUUCUGUUAUUGAACCUGUGCUUUUCAGGAUGACACCAUAAGUUUGUUUACUUAUGCUGUUCUAAGGUUGACUCCCCACGCUUUGUCAUCCGGAGCAACUUCCUGGUCUUAUUUACAAAGAACUAAUGCAGGAUCUCAAGUUCCCGCGUUGUCUACUAUUACCAACUCUGGGUCUGUUUCAGAUAACAUAUAUCGCUCACGUGAUACUUCGCUGGACCAAGACAACAAUUGUCAAGUAAAAAGACCAUUACAUCAUAAUAGGUGGUUUAGGGGAAACGAUGGUUUUCUUGCUUCUGAUAUUUGGGGAGCUGAUAAUGGUAGUCAAACUUCUGUCACCCCAAUAGUUUACCUCCAGCUGACUGAGGAAAGGAUGUACCUGUGUGCCUAUCAAUAUAAAAGCCUGACCAUAAUCCUUCUGGUUCCUGUUUCCUCCAUUCUCAACGGCGAGCAAGGACUUUCACUCGUGAAGCAGCAAGUCUUUGAAAAUGUGUGUGUCCUUUCUGUUCCCGUAAAUAUACUGUUCUCUUCAUUUUACUUUUCCACUUCCAUUCUCUUCGUAUUACUUUUCCACUUCCUUUCUCUUCAUAUUAUUUUAAUUUUUGUUCUAUUUUUCCCCUUUCCUGGAAGUAGCAACUUAGUUCUGCUCUUAAAAACUUCUGCAUCCUCUACAUUGGGGCCUAUCGAGCACAUUGUAAAUCGUUCCGGUAAUAAUGUGUCAUCAUAAGACGCAUCCCCGCCUGCUGGUGGCUAUGUUGUUUAGGUUUGGUUCCUUUGCAAAUACCUGACUGAUUACAGGUAGCUUGAAGCCUUCAAGUAUCCCUGGCUUAGGUUCAUACCUUGGGGCAAGGAAAAUAAAUAACUUCAAGUCUUCUAAAAUGCUCUGUAUUGCAUUUUUAUAUUACAUGUCACUGCACCUUCAUUACCAAUAAUGGCAAAAAGAUGAAGAUGCUGCAUAUUUUGCUAUAUUUCGAUUCAUUUUAAGAUGCAGAUGAGUAGGACAAACCCUCAUAGACAAUAACGUGACAGGGGAAUU